AGGACAGAUCUGUCAUUUUACAAAACUCCUCGUUUUUAAGAAGGCGGAUUUAGAAACAAAAUAACAAAGAGAUUGUGAAGAUAAUGGAGAGGGUGUGUUGCAUGUGCGGCGACGUUGGUUUUUCCGACAAGCUUUUCAGAUGCGGUCACUGCCGCAGUCGCUUCCAACACUCUUAUUGCAGCAACUACUACAGCGAGCUUGCGGAGGCUACCGAAAUUUGCGACUGGUGCCGGAGCGACGACCGGAAGCUAGGCAAGGUUGCUAUACAUGGAGGUUCUUCUUCUUCAAUAUCCCUAAACAAUUAUGAAAAUGACGAUGAUAAUCAGUACUUCACAAACCGAUCGGAAUAUUCGUCCGGCGGCGGGAUCAAGCAUAGCAAUAACCGUCACGAUCAAGUGGCCAAAAGCGUUGUCGGAGCUGGAGGCGGAGCGCCGUCGCCUAGGACGGCGACACGAAGGUACAAGCUUCUCAAAGAUGUCAUGUGUUAAUCACUUAAUUUAUCAGUGAUUAUAUAUAAUUUCUAUAUAUAUAUAUAUAUGUAUAAUUAGCCACUACCGAGGGAACCAAAGAAAAAAAGAAACGCCAUCUUCAUCCUUUUCACCUUUGUACUAGCUACUAUUUUUUUUUUUUUCUUCUCGACUCAAAGCUACUAUUUGUUUACAAUAAAAUAUGUGUGUGUGUUUAGCGUGAGUUUGUGUUUAAUUCUUAA